AAAAGCAAAAAAGGAGUUAGUAUUAUAGGUGCCAUUUCCAGGUAAUUCACGAGCGGAAAAUCAUAUAAAUCCAAAAAGACAGUGCAUUAUAAUAAUGGAGUAAUGUAUCGGUGUCCCCCCCCCCCCCCACCACGCCCCACCCGCUAUCGCUCUCAUUACAACUAUUCCAAUUCACUCACUCUCAUGUCCUUAUUAUUUCCCUCCCUCCCCUUUAUCUUCUUCUCAUUCACAAGCAACCCCUUUUUCCAUUCGUCACUUCCAUCAUUCUUCCUUCGUCAUAAAUGCAUGUAUAUAUAUAGCCAUAUAAUUCCAGUUGUUGUUCUAGGAAAUUGCAUGUAAAUUUUCAGAAUUAUGACUCGGCUUUUGCGAUCUAAGUCGUAUACAUUUGGCCGUCGGGUGUCUGCUUCCAGUUCCUCAACAGUACUAGACUUGUCGCCUCGAUGUUCCUCGCUCUAUGAUUACGAACAAGUGAAUAAAGAAGAAGAAGAAGAAGAGGAGGAGGAAGAAGAAGAGUUUUUGAGUCCGGUUCGGGUUUCGGGCGAUGAGCGUAGACGUGAGAGCAAUGAGAAUAAUCAAUCCCCAAUUCUGGCGGUUCUGGUGACGGCGUUAAGGAAGUCGUUGGUGACUUGCAGUGUGGAUAGGGAUGAUGUGGCUAAUAUGGAUAUUGGAUGGCCUACUGAUGUUUGUCAUGUUUCUCACGUCACCUUUGAUCGUUUCAAUGGCUUCCUUGGAUUGCCUAUUGAGCUCCAGCCUGAAGUCCCCCGUAAAGUCCCUAGCGCAAGUGCAAGUGUAUUUGGAGUUUCUGUCCAGUCAAUGCAGUGUUCAUAUGACAAUAGAGGAAACAGUGUGCCAACAAUACUUCUUGAGCUGCAGAGUCGUCUGUAUACUGAAGGAGGCCUUCAAGUAGAAGGAAUAUUCCGGAUUAAUGCUGAGAAUAGUCAAGGAGAAACUGUGAGGAACCAGCUGAAUAGUAGAGGCAUUGUACCAUAUGGAAUUGAUGUUCAUUGUUUGGCAGGAUUGAUUAAGGCAUGGUUUAGGGAGCUGCCUACAGGUGUACUAGAUUCCCUAACCCCGGAGCAGGUGAUGAAUUGCAACACUGAAGAAGAGUGCACCCAACUAGUGAGCUUACUUCCUCCAACUGAAGCCGGACUGCUUGACUGGGCAAUCAAUUUAAUGGCAGACGUUGUGCAUAAUGAGUGUUAUAACAAGAUGAAUGCAAGGAAUAUUGCCAUGGUUUUUGCCCCUAACAUGACUCAGAUGGUUGAUCCUUUGACCGCACUGAUUCAUGCAGUCCAAGUAAUGAACUUCCUUAAGACACUUGUUAUAAAGACCCUUCGUGAAAGAGAAGAGUCACAUGUGACAUGCCAAAUGCAGUCACCAUGUGCUAACAUUUCCAGUUGCAUGGCAGAUUAUCUCUCUAAACAAUCAAAUGGAGUACUUACAAAAGAACCAGUUCUGGACGUCUGUUCUCACGAAGAGCAAACUGCUGGUGAACUCUCAAGAAGUAACACUUUAGACAGUACAGAGUGCGAGUCAGGGGAGCAAUUCUGGAACUGUAGGAGCACAAGUGAUGCUGGAGAGGAAUGCGAUUCCAUUGUGAAGACAUCUCCAGUUGCUCACAAAAGACAAACACUAGAGAGUAGGUUUAAAGAGGGAUUCGACACGGAGGAGGUUGAGAAUACAGUGGUUAGGCUUAGUUUAAGGAAAGGAAUGCAAAAGCUAUGCAGGCAUCCUGUAUUUCAACUGAGUAAGCCAGUGAAGAAGAGCAGACUUAUCGGGAUUGUAAAUAGUAGGAGAGGAGGCGGAGAAGCAUUGGCAUGACAAUGUCUGCCUCAAAGUAUAGGAUGGGAUAUUUGUUAUCUCUUUGUUCUCAAUAUUUGCUGUAGUUUGUACUAAUACUGGCGUCAGUAAUGUUUGGUCCAGAAUCUAGUGAGAGAACCAUUUUAUUCGUAGAGUGUUCCAGAUACUAACUUGUAGUUUGAUGAACAUAUUAAUGAAGGUGUGCCUCUAUGUAUAAUUUGUUUCUUCA